CGGUAGUACAUGGAGGAAGGGGAUCAAAACGUCUCGAUGCGAGGCGGUCAGACGAGAUGAAUCGCAGUCGGAGACGCUCAGACAACGCGUGGUCGCGAGCCAUUCUUUGAUGUGUGCAGACGCGUGCAACCGCUCCGUCAACAUGUUGAAGCUCUUCCGGCUGCGGACCUCGACAGUAGAGUAGAUGAAUGGGUUGGCGAGUGCGUGCCACGCCCUGCAGACCAACGCAGCGGUGGGCAGCGCGCGAUAUAGCAUACAAGCGAUGAUGUCGUUGAAAAUUUCGACUGGGAUGCGAUGAGGAAGCACGGGUGGCAGGGUACCAGUCAACGGGAGGUGACCACUCGCGUGUACAGUCUGAAAGACCUGCGAGGAACUGUCUAUCACCGUCAGACAACGAUGUGAAAACGGUGAGACGAUAUUGCGCAGUGGAAGUACGAGGAACAGACGGGACAGAUAUGACGGAGAGGAGGAGGAGGAUGGGAGGAAGAGGUAAAGGGGAGAAGAGCCUAGGACCAGUAAAGUUUUGGGAAGGUUCUGCAUGAGGCAGACGCAUGUCCAGACUGGUGUAUUAAUCGUGUCCCGAGUAACCGCAAACCUGUGCCACGUAGUCUCUGUCAAGCUCCGCAGCCUACCCUUGAGCUACUAUAGCUAUGUCCUCCAUGAAGGCCGAGAUAUGGAUUAUAAGCACCGCGGGCGACUCCCCACUAGCAGCUUGGGCGACAUUAGGCCGACUGAGGGUACUCCGUCCUAUCCGACCGAUUUGUCUCUUUGUGUAUCACUGGACUGCAUGUUCGCAUUGAGUUGGCAAGAUACUAUAUGUUAGCGAGUGGCAGUGACUCGGAGGC